AUGAAAAUUUCUGCAUUUUGUGGCAUUUUUUCAGCAUCAGCAUCGGAGCUGAGCGUGGUUACACCUCCACCAUCAUGCCCAGAUCUGGAUAAAUUCGAGAUCUGCACAGCCAACUGCACUACCGCACUCGAUUCCUGCAAAGACGCUUGCAACCCUGUUGACUACUCUUGCCCCGGUCGUUGUGAUGCGACAGCUCUAGAAUGCAAUUCCUCCUGCCCAUGUGGCAAUGACUGUCCAAAUGGCUGUCAAGGGUGCGCCAAUGCUGUUUGCAGCGCUGAGGAGUACGUUUUGAUCAUCAACCACUAUCAUCUUUAUGAAAACGAGGCGAUUCUGUUCAACCUCGGCACUGAGCAGUUUUCGCGAGCUUCGAUAAAUGGCUUUAUUGAAUACAACUACGACAUUGAAGACGCUUGCUAUUCUUUCAUGAAAGGAGAGCACUACUUCUUAGGGGGCUAUGAGAAUCCCCGCGCGAUUGCGAAAUUCAAUAUUGAUACAUGUGAAGUCAAACCUGGAACAGGAUGGGACGACAUUCUCGAAAUCGGUCAUAUGGACGGCGUUUAUGGUUCAUGCGCUAACUACAACGAUGUCACAUAUCUUUGCUUCUAUGAAGAUGGAAUAGAUGCUUUCGGGUGCACUGUCUUUGAUGGAGAAAAUCAAAAAUUAAUCGACGCGAAAAGUCAACACCCUCAUGAUUGGGCGGACAUGACAGUUUAUGACGAUAAAAUGUGGGUUGUUGGUGGAUGUGAUCCUCGGAUUCAGGGCUUCUAA